UCUUGGAGUUUUUAUCUAUAUUUCCGUAGGAAACUUUGAAGGUUGUAUUUAACGUGUUUCAAACGUGAGGAGUACGGCGGUAUGAAUGAAGACAAUGAAACCAGAAGUGAAAAAUACCAGCUACUUCCAAGCAUUUGAAAAAACGAACCUUUCUUGAAUUAUCAGUUUAUCGCACGCCUAGAAAUAAUCUUUAGCUUCAUUUUAACCCUCAAAGGACCAGGCCCACUAGAGCCAACCUCGGGAUUUCUUGUUGUGGAUCUGCGGGAAACGCAGCUUUGCAUUGGGGUUUGACUGUGAGCUCCUCCAUUGCAUGCCCUGACAUGCUGAGCCAGGGGGGAGGAGAACAAGGAGGACAAGAAAGACCGGAGAAAGAGAGAGGAGGAGAGAAGUCGUUGAGAAUCUCCUGAGAGAGGGAGCGAGUGUGCCUGUGUGUUUUUAUGAAGGAUGAGGAAACUGCCAGAGCAGGAGGUGAACGGGAGCAACUUAGCAGAAAGGAAUUUUGAAGAAGGGAAGGAGACAGAGCGAAAGUGAGAAAAUGUGUACGGAACACUAAGUGAGUGAGAGAAUAGGGAGAAACACACAAUGUGAUUACUGUCUAUGUGCUGCUAUCUAAAGUGCUCGUGGCCAUCUCCGUCAAACAGGAAGAACAGAGGACUGAUUAUCAGGAGAGAUCCUGUACAAAGAGCACUACUUUCUCUCUUGUUUUUUUGUUUUGUAUUUUAUUUUUCUCUGAGGAGUUAGGCAUGUGGGUGUGGCUGCUGGAGUUCCCCGUUGGUGGAAGAGGGCAGAGCCUGCACUGGUCUUUACACACGUUUGUGCUGGGUGAGAUUGUGCUUCAUUGCUCCUAGACCCACAUGCACCCAGCCCUGUGGAGUGGUUAAGGGUAAACGGAUCAAGCCGAGGGAAAAGGGGGUCCUGGAUGACAGAGGAGGGGAGAGGUUUCCUCAAAGUUGAAUAAGGAAGAAGGGCGUCCGCUCUCCGCGGCGAGAGGCGAAGAAGCCCACAGGCACCCGGACGGCACUCUGACGCGGUCCCUGUCGAGGCGGCACGGCGCGGGAUGGGUGGUGGCCCGCGUUCGGACUGGCUCCCCCGGGGGAGGCGAUGAGCGACGGCGGCAGCGGGGAGGCCCAGGGUCGGCCCUUCCACUGCCGGGAAUGGGCCCUGGGCAAGCUGCAGCACUGGCUGGGCACACGCUGCCAGGGGGCCUUGGUGACGGGCGGGCCAGGAGCGGGGAAAACAGCGCUCUGCACCGAGGCGGUUCGGCCCACGUCCAAAGCCGGGUUGGAGGCGGGACUGGCGCCCUGCUGCCUGGCGUCUCACUUCUGCAGGUGGGAGGAUGAGCGGAGUGUGGAAGUGUGGAGGUUCGUCCUGGGCCUGGUCGAGCAGCUGCGGGGAAGCCCCCUCCUCCCACCGGGGUAUGCCCAGACUCUGGAUACCCCCACCAUCGCCCUUACUCUGGACCCCCUGCACUGCCAACGGGACCCCGAUGAUACCUUCAGAAGGGCGGUGCUGUUGCCCCUUCAGGAAACCCCCCCUCCGGCCCACAGGCUCUUCCUGCUGGUGGACUCUCUGGACUCGGGGUCCCAGGGCGGGGGGGUUGUGGAGGGGAGGAGCAGCUCCAUUGCAGAGCUUCUGUCCAGAAACCACCACCUCUUCCCCAGCUGGCUGCUGCUCAUCUGCUCCGUAAGGCGGCAGAACCGGGCCGUCUACCACAUGUUCUCAGGGUUCCGUAAGCUGGUGCUGGACGACCUGCGGAAGGCGUCGGCGGUGCAUGACGUGCAGCGCUACAUCCUGCGGCGUCUGGACCAGGAGGGGGCGCUGCGGAGGCAUCUGACCCCCGAGACGGCCGAGAUGCUGAACCUGCUGCACAUCAAGAGCGGCGGGUGCUUCCUGUUCCUGGAGCGUGUGCUGGACGGUGUGUCACGGGGCCUCCUGGCGGUGCGCGAGAUCCGCCACAUCCCCGGCACGCUCAACGGUCUCUACCUGUGGCUGUGCCAGCGCCUCUUUCCCACCAGCCUCUUCUCCCAGGUGCGGCCCCUGCUCAACGCCCUGCUGGCCAGCCUGCACCCCCUCACCCCCGAGCUGCUGUACCGCGCCCUCUGGACCCGCGACCCUGCCCUGGGCCCUGACGAGUUCCGCCACAGGCUGGACGCCGUGUCGCCGCUCCUGACGGAGGGGGAUGCGGGCGCCGUGUUCCUUUUCCACGCCAGCUUCGCUGAGUGGCUGACGGAUGUGAAGUACUGCACGCAGAGGUACCUGUGCAGCAUGGAGGAUGGCCACGCCCUGCUGGCCAUGUCCCUGUCGCUCCGUGCCUCGCAGCUGACCACACCCGAGAUCUGCCAGCUGGCUAAUCACCUCCUGCGUUCCGGGAUCCAUACGUCGGACCCCGCCCUACUGGCGCUGUGGAUGGUGUGCACCGGUGUUCCCGCUGUCGGGGACGACUCAGUUUCGCAGACUUCGCCGCCUGUCCUGGUUCAGCCCGACGUCUUCCAGCUGCUGCUUAAGAGCGGGGUGCACCCCCCAUCCUACGGGUCUGGUUUUGGGGUACACUGCCUGGAGGGCGUCGGGGGUGGGGUCCUGGGCAAGUUGCCGGAGGGGGCCGAGUUCGUGCGGCUGCUCUUGGAUGGCGGAGCGAGCGUGGACCAGGUCGACCCUGUGGAUGGUCGCACCCUAUUGGCCAGCGCCGCACACUCAGGCGCGGUCGACGCUGUUGAGCUCCUGCUGUCGCGGGGGGGAGACCCCACGCUGGCUGACCACCAGGGCCAGACCCCGCUGACGCUGGCCGCUCGGCAGGGCCACCUCGGGGCGCUGCGCGCUCUGCUGGACUGGCCGGGCUGUCACAAGGCCAUGCUGGAGCACGUGGACGGCGAGGGCUGGACAGCCCUGCGGCUGGCGGCGUGGGGAGGGCACGGGGAGGCGGUGCGCCUCCUACUGGAUGCUGGGGCGGAGGUGGACGGCAGCGACGCCGACGGGCGGACAGCGCUGCGGGCGGCGGCGUGGGCAGGGCAUCAGGAGAUGGUCCUGGCCCUGCUGGAGCACGGCGGGCAGCCGGACAAGGCCGACAGAGAGGGCCGCACCCCGCUCAUCGCUGCGGCGUACAUGGGCCACCGGGAGGCCGUGGAGGCCCUGCUGGUGCACGGGGCGCGGGUGGACGCGCAUGACUCAGACGGCCGGACGGCGCUGUGCGUGGCCGCCAUGUGCGUGCCAGCGGCAGCAGGGGGGCGGGGCCACGGGGACGUGGUGAGUGCGCUCCUGGAGAGGGGGGCAGACCCCAGUCACCGUGACAGUGAUGGGAUGACGCCCCUGCUGCUGGCGGCAUACGAGGGCCAGGCCCAGGUGCUGGAGCUGCUGCUGGAGGCCGGGGCCGACGUAGACGAGAGCGCCGGUCUCCGCGGCAACGCCUCGGCGGCCGUCACCCCUCUGCUGGCUGCGGCCUCCAUGGGUCAUGGGGCAGUGGUAAGCACGGCGCUCUUCUGGGGCGCCACGGCGGACGCCAUCGACGGGGAGGGCCGCACCGCGUUGAGCCUGGCGGCCGCCCGGGGCAGCGUGGAGGUGGUGCGUGCCCUGCUGGACCGAGGGCUCGACGAGAACCACAAGGACCACCUGGGCUGGACACCGCUGCACGCGGCUGCUUGUGAGGGCCACCGGGCCGUGUGUGCCGCUCUGACGGAGUGCGGGAGCCUGGCUCGGGUCGCCGAGCCCGACAACGAGGGCCGCACGCCACUCGUGCUGGCCGCCCAGGAGGGCCACUGCGGCACGGCCCGGCUCCUGCUCGACCGGCGCUCCCCCAUCGACCACCGCGGCUACGACGGACGUUCGGCCCUGUCGGCCGCCGCGCUGGAGGGCCACAGCGAGGCGGCGGAGCUGCUGAUGAGGCGCGGGGCUGACACGGACGUGCGGGACGCCGAGGGCCGGCCGCUGCUCUACCUGCUGGUGCUGGAGGGCCGGCUGGACAUGGCGGCCCUGCUGGUGCGGGAGGGCGGGGCACCGCUGGAGUCGCGUGACUCGGAGGGCCGCACGGCACUGCACGCGGCCGCCUGGCGGGGCAGCCCAGAGGCGGUGGGGCUGCUGCUGCGGUCCGGGGCCGACCCCGACGCGCGGGACAAGGAGGGCCGCCCGCCCCUGCACUCGGCCGCCUGGCAGGGUCAAGCCGCGGUGGCCCGUCUGCUGCUGGACUCUGGGGGCGCCACUGCCGACCUGGCCUGCCGCCAGCAGGGCGCGACGGCGCUGUGCAUCGCCGCGCAGGAGGGCCACGCGGACGUGGUGGCGGUUCUCCUGGAGAGGGGAGCCAAUCCCCGGCACACGGACCGCUACGGGCGCAGACCCGCGAAGGUGGCGGGGAAGAGGGGCUACACCAACAUCGUCCGACUCCUGGAGAGUCACGGGGCAGAGUCUUACGCUGGUAUCCUGCCCCUACCCUCCCCCGCCUCUCCACCCUUCCAGACCUCCACCCUCCAGACCCAGUCUUCUGCCAGCUCGGGGAGCUCAGCUCCCCACAAGGCACCCCCCUCCACCUCCUCCCUUUCCUGCUCUCCCUCCUCCACCGCCGAGCGCUUCCACUCGGCCCAGUCCUCCACCUGCCACUCCCUGGCCACCGUGCAGACCGCCCCCGCCGACAGCCUGAGCUUCACCCAGCUCAUCCAGCAGCACUCCCUCCCCCGCAGCCGGCCCUCCACCCUGCCCCUGCCCACCUCCGCCCACAACAGCCUGCCCCACCCCCAGGCUGGCUCCCCUCCUGCCGACUGCAACACCAACACGCCCUCCCACAUGCCCCGCAAAGGGCUCAGCUCCCCAGGGGACAAGGACUGGCCCAAAAUCCAGCCCAAGACCCAGGAGGUGAACAGUGCCGGGCUGGAGAGGGAGGAGAGGAGGCAGGGGAAGUGGAACUCGGUGAUGGCCUCCCUGGGGGUGAGCCCUGGACAGGACUGCCCCACCAGGACCCCAAAAACCAGGGACGGCCCUCUCCACGGGUAUCCUGUCCAACUCGAGGGCCAGGAACUCCAGAGGGAUGGUCGGGACACGCCUCGUAAGAGCUCCCUGUCACCACCCUUCAGCUUCCCCUCCCCCAGUGCCUUAUCCCCUGAAUGCAUAGUCCCCCUCACCAGCACUGACCCCCAGCUCAACCUGAAGCAGGCUAUCAAGCUGCAGUUCGAGGGGCCCACCAGUGCUGCCAUAUACAAGCGAGAAACGCCACUCUGAGGAGGGCACGGAGGCGUGGAUCCCCGAGGAGCAGCUGCAGUGUGGGUACCCGCUCCGAGGUCAGCCUGCCGCUCGGAGGGGGCGGGGAGCCCCGUGCCGCUCCGCUCCGAGCCUGCCGCGGACGGGAGGAACCCGGGGACGCAUGAACAGUGCUCUGUUUACAUUCCAGAAGUUUCCUUUGUCCACCACUGGAGGAAAGAGCAGCUGUGUACCCCCCCCUUUCUGGCCCACAGGAAUUAACUUCAGUUUCAGCUGGGUCUUUAUAUUGUGCUGGAAGAAUUACUUACUGGGGGGCCGUUGUUCCACUGAGGAGUGUGAGGGGGCCUCUUGCACAUACAAUACAGUACAAUAUUACUUUAUUUAUCCCACAUGGGCAAUUUAAGAGUGAAAAAGACAACAUUCAGUACUGGGAGACGCAUACAUCAGUACAGACAGCAGGCAGCACUGGCAGACGCAUACAUCAGUACAGACAGCAGGCAGCACUGGCAGACGCAUUCAUCAGUACAGACAGCAGGCAGCACUGGCAGACGCAUUCAUCAGUACAGACAGCAGACAGCACUGUGCGCAGAGCAGUAUGAGUCAGGGGGGAUGGGUGUGGGGCUUGUUUUUUCCUUUUUGUCUUCUAAACCCCUGAGUGCAGAUUAGCACCAGCCGCUUAGUUUUGACCAACCAGCAUAGGUGGAACUUUUAAAAGUUGGGAGCAUUGCACACUGUUUCACUGUUAUUGAGGGGGGCCAACCCCCACAUGGUGCUGGGGGGUUGAUUGUCUGCCAUGCUCAUUUAAAACGUAAAACUAAAAUACAGAAAGGUCAUCUGACUCAUUCACUUUUGGGAAGAAGGCCCAAGAACAGUUUGCGUGUUACCAGAGCGGUUUCAAUGUUUCUUUUUCCUUCAGGGUCAGUGAAAGUGAGAGGCGCUGACAGUCUCAAGAAUAACAGUGGUGAUGUUCCAAGGUAUUUAUGGCUUUGACCUUUGCCGGAGAGGUCCUUGUGUUCGCGUUUCACCUGGAAGAUGUUUGCUUGUUAUUCUAACUGGCAGCUCAUUUCUGUCAGCAUGACUGUCUUUCACGGUACUAGAACCUGUGCAGCAGCCAAGUCAGGGUUAAGUGGGCUGGCUUAUAACCCGCAGCUUCACCUGAACUCAAGGUUUUACAACAGGGCCCAUAAAUACCUCUGGUCAUGUCAUAAGGGGGAGACAGAAUAAGUGGGGUUAUCGCCAGUACCACAGGGAUAACGCUGCCAGACCCAUUCUCAUCUCAUAACUGAUAUUACUUACUUGGAUACUAAUGCAUCACUUCAAAUUAAUUCUGGAAGAUGGAAUGCAGUGACUCAGUGUAGGAAACUCACAUUCUUGUAAUGUAAUGUAAUUCUUCCAUCUGUGAGCAAGCAGACGAGGAAGGGAAAGAUGCUAGGAGCCUCUCAGCUGAAGGCACUGACUAAGAGAGGGAAAGAGGAUUGAGAGGGCUGGGUCAGAUGUCAGACAAAUUAAUAGAAAUGUCCUAUCACUUCCCAGUCGGUGUACAGAUGGCAGUCGUUCACACGACAAAGUCUGAAAGGACAGGAGAGCAGCGGUGUUAAAAUGCUAAGGAAAAUGAGCGAACCCCCGAAUAGGCAGAGAGUCAUACUCUGUGGGAUCUCACAUGAAGACUUGCAGGACUGUCACAAGGCUUAAUGCUCAGUGUGUGUGCCUUUUACCAACACACACCCACCCAAAGUAAAAUAAAUAAAAUAAAACAAACAUAGGCCUGGCAGGUCUUUUACAAGUGGUGUCUCUGCUACUGUGCUUAAACAGGGAGUGUUGAACCCCUGAAAAUGGUCAGGAAGCUUAGCACAGAGACGUAGGAAUGUGGUGUGACCCCUGCCUGUCCCAAGAGAGCUAGAGCAGACAUGUUUACCUCAGGGGAACCAUGGUGGCAGACGCCAACAACUGUGUUAUUUAGUAAAUAAGUGGUCAUUCAGAUUUCCAAUAGGUUGCUUCUGAUCACCACCAAUAACAUCAGAAUAAAUAUUAUUUUGUUGUAAUGGUGGAGAACUUUGUGACCCCUAUACAUUUGUAUGUAGUAUCUUGGUACUGUACUUAUGGCCAUAAAGUAUACAGAGAAGUGAACUGAUUGUUAAUCACUUGGAUCAGCUGUCAGAGUAGGUUCACUGAAUAGAAAGAGCCAUCCAGCUGAUAAUAAGUUCAGUGCAUCUUUGUAGUUUUUAUUAAAAAAAUAAAAAAAGCAUACUGAUAAUGGUGAAUCAUAGGGUUUGAAUGUGUGUCAAACAUGCUCCAGCCUGCCAUUGACUGAGCCUGGGUCUUUGAGCACUGGUUUCCUGUACACUUCCUGUGAGAGAGCCCUUGUUAAAAUGUACCACUGACAUGAGCAAAUGUGGAUUAUACGUAUGUCUAAACAACUGCAUAUCUCAUACAGCGCAUAUAACAGGUGGAUCGUGUCAAUUGAUUGGUGUGAGUCAUGGAAUAUGUAUUCUGUAGAGCAAGUACUUCUUGUGAUCCACCAAGGAUCUACCAAGCUGUGGAAGAACAUUGUAUUGCACUUAGUCAGUGAUUUGACUUUGUCUGGGUGGCCUGUCCCCAGUCACUGUGGCCACUUUAAUAGCCAAUCACCAAUAUUUGUGGAGCUGACGUUCAGGGAGAAGACCAAACAUACCCCUGAUUUGUAAGGGCUUGUUGAUGUGGUGCUAGAUCAGUGGAAACUAUUGUACAAACUUGUACCUGUAACACAUCUGCUAAUGUUGUACAGAUGUUUUUGUAUCCUGAAACAUUCUACCUGCUGGUCUUGUCAUGGCUUAUAAGUUAAGGUGCCUGUAACAAGACUAAAACUCUCAAGAAAAUCAGGUGUAAUUUGGAAAAUCCCAGUUUAAAUAAAGCUUGACCUUUUUUUUCUGUC